AAGAGCGUCUGAGAUAUUGAAGCAGCUGGAGGACAGGACGGACAAAACAGAGAGAAGAUGGAGAUAGGCGCGGUUCUGGGUGCAAUGGAGGAGUACAUGUUCACCUUGGCGGCCAUGGCAGUGGGGUUCCUGGUGGUUGUUUACCUGUACGAGCCUUACUGGAAGGUCCGGCAUGUGCCCGGGCCCGUGCCGCUGCCGCUCAUCGGCCACCUCCACCUGCUGGCAAAGCACGGCCCCGACGUCUUCCCCGUGCUCGCCAAAAAGCACGGUCCUAUCUUCAGGUUUCACGUGGGAAGGCAGCCUUUGAUCAUCGUGGCCAACGCAGAGCUUUGCAAGGAGGUAGGCAUCAAGAAGUUCAAGAGCCUCCCCAACCGGAGCUUGCCGUCGCCCAUCGCCAAUUCUCCGAUCCAUCUGAAAGGCCUCUUCUCCACAAGGGAUUCGAGGUGGUCGGCGAUGCGAAACGUUAUCGUCUCCAUCUACCAGCCGUCGCACCUCGCGGGGCUGAUCCCGAACAUGGAGUCGUACAUCGCGCGCGCGGCGGUGAACCUCGAAGACGGAAGCGAGGUCGCCUUCUCCGAUCUUGCGCUCAGCCUCGCCACUGACAUCAUCGGAGAGGCGGCGUUCGGCGCGGAUUUCGGCCUAUCCCGAAAGCCGGCUGUGCCUAGCGACGACGGUGCGGAGAGCGGAGCCUGCACUGACGACGACGGCAGAUCUGUUGCGGCGAACAAGUCAUCAGAGUUCAUAAAAAUGCACAUCUACUCGACCACGUCGCUCAAGAUGGACCUGUCGGGUUCUCUAUCCACCAUAGUCGGCACGCUCGUGCCCUUGCUGCAGAAGCCGUUGCAGCAGGUGCUCUUGAGGGUCCCCGGCUCUGCCGACAGGGAGAUCGCCCGCGUUAACGGCGAACUCUGCAGGAUGAUGGACGCCAUCGUCGCAGACCGGGAGGAGGCGAGGGAGCGGGCGCCGGCAUCGCAGCAGCACAAGGAUUUCCUGUCCGUGGUUCUCGCGGCGAGAGACAGCAACGCGUCCUCACGAGAACUGCUCACGCCGGACUACUUGAGCGCGCUGACCUACGAACACCUCCUCGCUGGGUCGGCGACGACAGCUUUCACGCUGUCCUCCGUCGUCUACCUCGUCGCCAAACACCGGGAGGUGGAGGAGAAACUGCUCAGGGAGGUCGACGCAUUCGGGCCUAGCAGCCGCGUUCCCACGGCGGACGAUCUUCAGACCAAGUUCCCUUACCUCGAUCAGGUGGUGAAGGAGUCGAUGAGAUUUUUCAUGGUCUCGCCAUUGGUGGCACGAGAGACCUCCGAGCGGGUGGAGAUUGGUGGCUAUCUCCUUCCCAAGGGUAUAUGGGUGUGGAUGGCACCGGGUGUUCUCGCCAAGGACCCCAUCAACUUCCCAGACCCUGAGCUAUUCCGGCCGGAGCGGUUUGACCCUGCCAGUGAUGAGCAAAAGAAGCGGCACCCAUACGCACUUAUCCCAUUUGGAAUCGGCCCCAGGGUUUGCAUCGGCCAGAAGUUCUCCAUUCAGGAGAUCAAGCUCGCGCUAAUCCACCUCUACCGGCAGUACGUGUUCCGGCACUCUCCCAGCAUGGAGUCCCCUCUGGAGUUCCAGUUUGGAAUUUUGCUCCACUUCAAGCAUGGAGUGAAGCUUCAGGUCAUCAAGAGGCACAAGCAUUAGAUUGGUGAUGUUGUGAAUUAUGGUCCUUGAUUUCUAUUGGUGCAAAUGUGCAACAUGCCAACAUGUAUCAUAUGCACCGUUUUGCAAAGGAAAAACAUAGACGUCACGCUAGGUUGUUUAGUUAGUGAGUAGCCACUUUUGUAUUGUGUUCCGAGGCCCGAGGCUUUUAUCUUGUAAUCUAAUAAAAAGUGGGCCAGCACACAAAGUCGUGACGCGGUGUUUAA